AUUUAAUUAGACACUUCAAAAUCUGAGCUUUCAGAUUAUUCCAUUCCUAUAGAUCGAGAGAACGUGGUGGGGAAUUGCUUUGUGUAGGAGUUUACCGGGUAAAAUUUUGAAACUUGGAUCGGGUGUUCCCAGAUUCUUACUGGUAAGGAAUCGAUCAGAUAUGAACUGGGUUCAACGCAAAAUCUACCUUUACAAUGUCACCUUCGGCCUCUACAUGCUUGAUUGGUGGGAACGAUAUCUCUUCAAUUCUUUGGUGGUAGUCUUGAUGUGGUUCGUUAUAUACAACGGUACACGCUACUUUUCGGAGCUCUACCAGAGGCAUUUGACAUGAAAACAGGUCUAAUUAUUUCUCGCACGGUAGAGCAUGAAAAGCCUGGAACCUCCCCAAAGGCAUGCUACUUGGUUUCAAUUUCUGAGAUAUAUAUACCAACUAAAACCUCCUUUUCCAGCGUCACCUCUGAUUUUGUCAAUUUUCCUCCAAAGGCACUAGGACUAUUCAUCGUAUGUCUCUGUAUCAUUUGUUUGUUCCCAUGUUUUCGAAAUCAACAGAGCUUAUUUAUAGACACAUAAGAUCGCAAGUCUUUCUGUUGUAUUUCCAAAUCACUUUGAUAAAUGACCUCAAAGCAAUACUACAUUAUUGGUUUCUUGGUGUCC